UUCUCUAACUUCCAACUCACAGACGAAGCGCCUCGUGGCGAGCCGGAACGUAAAUACGUUCCGCCACACCUACGCCAAGGCGCGUAUAUCCCCGAACCUGAGAACCCUUACGAUCGUCCUGCCCCUAAUAGUUUUGGCAGUCGGGGUGGGGGCUACCAAGAUGGUUUCAGAGGACGAGGAAGAGGUGGUAGUGGAUUUGGGAAUCGGUCAGAGUUUUCCCGUGGAGGUGGAUUUCAGAAUAACAGAUGGCAAGACUCAAAUGACGGUUUCCGUGGUGGCCGUUUUAGUGCUGGAGGUGCUUUUUCAAGUGUGCGGCGUGGACCAGACGAGUCGUCCACCGUAGACUGGAACGUCCAAACUCCGAGAAAUGAGCGUGUGGAGAAGGAACUUUUCCAGAAGGCUAACACUGGCAUUAACUUCGAUCAAUAUGACAACAUCCCGGUCAGCAUGACGGGACCUGAAGUUGAUAACCUUGUCCCGAUAACUUCGUACGGGGAUUUGUCCUUAAGUCCCAUAAUGAGGGACAACAUUGCCUGCGCCCACAUGUACAUAAAUGGCCCUGGACAUUCAAUUACUGCAUCGUACGAAACAAAUAGACGUAAACAAUUCCCCGUUGCGCUCAUACUAGCGCCUACGAGAGAGUUGGCUUCGCAAAUUCAUGAGGAGGCUCGGAAGUUUUCCUACCGGUCCCGUGUUAGACCGUGCGUUGUGUAUGGUGGUGCCGAUAUGCGGAAGCAGCUUCAAGAGCUCUCCUACGGCUGCAAUUUGCUCGUAGCCACUCCCGGCCGUUUGCUUGAUGUUAUGGAUCGUGGCCGUAUUGGCUUAAACCAUAUCAGGUUCCUGGUAUUAGACGAAGCAGACAGAAUGUUGGAUAUGGGCUUUGAGCCGCAAAUCCGAAAAAUAGUAGAAGGCGAUGCAAUGCCACCCUGUGGCACUCGACAAACACUGAUGUUCUCUGCCACUUUUCCCAAGCAAAUUCAGGUGCUCGCCCAAGAUUUCCUGAGUGAUUAUGUUUUCCUCACCGUCGGCAGAGUUGGAAGUACUAGUGAAAAUAUCACACAGCAACUCCUAUGGGUUGCAGAACAUCAGAAGCGAGGUGCUUUGGUUGAUCUUCUCGCAGAGUCAGGUAUUAUGUUGCUUUGUUUGACUUCUCAGAGCCCGGAGACAGAACCUGGUGUAACGCCUAUUCUAGUGGCAACGGCCGUGGCUGCUCGGGGUCUAGAUAUACCAAAUGUGAAGCACGUUAUCAACUACGACUUGCCUAGCGACAUUGAAGAAUAUAUCCAUCGCAUCGGUCGUACUGGACGUGUCGGAAAUCUCGGCAAGGCAACUUCAUUCUUUAACGAGAAAAAUCGCAACCUCGCGGAGGACCUGAUCGAACGUCUUGAAGAAGUUCAUCAGGUUAUCCCCUCCUGGCUGAAGUCUAUAGUUGACGAGCCAAAUCGCAUGCCGUCGUCUGGCGGCCGAGGCCGAUCACGCAGGGGUGGAAGUGGAUUCGGUUGCCGAGACUACAGACAACAGCCCUCACGUGGAGGCGGGGGCGGAGCGUAUGCACCCGGCCCUCCUCGCUUUAACAUGGGUGGACACGGAAUGAUGCCCUAUGGUGGAGGCAAUUUCGCCGGAGGUGGCGCUAGCAGCCGACCGAAGACCGAUCGUACGGACUGGUGGUCAAAUGAACAGAGUUGA